AUGUCUUCUUCUCACCCUUCCAAUGCCCAACUGACUAUAGCGCCCGACAUGAUCACAAGCACUCCAGUAAAACUCGAAGUCAAGCAGAAAUACUGGUCCUGGUUCAAACAAACCGGCCGCGGCUUCUCCAUCACCAAAGACGACGGCUCUGUCCUAUUCGUAGUUGGCAGUAGCUCCAUGGGAAAGCAUCGCAUCAUCGAAGACGCUCACGGAAAGCCGCUUUUCAGUCUAGAGCGCAACUGGACCUCGCAGAAGCGAGCGUGGGUUCUCAAGUCGGAGGAGGACGUGGUUUUGACGGUGGAGUUUAGCUGGUUUCAGCGGAAGCUGUCUAUGGAAGCUACGCCCAGCGAUGGGACGAAGGGCAAGGUGAAUGUAGAUGCGAACGAUAUGGCCGGCGGGAACCUGCGUAUUACGUCUGGAGAGGAGACGAUGGCUACCAUCCAGUGCGAGGGUGCGAUGACAGGGUACCUCAGCUGGCUCAAGGUCACGCCUCCUGUCUGGUCGGUUGAUGUAGCAGCUGGCGCUGACCUCUGUCUGGUCACUGUCCUUGCAGUCUGCGCCUCCGAUGCCUUCUCCGAGAAUCGCAGGCUUAUGUUGUGA